GCGUUGUUUACGUUGACUAUCAUAAAAAUGGAUGACUCCCUCACUCAUUCAGCAAAAAGACUUCGUGGAGAGGACGCUGGUGGUCUUGGUACAGUAGUUGCAAAACACUACAACAACAUUGAAGACAAAGGCUUGCAAGACAGAAGUAAAAGCCGUAUAUUUUUUAUGAGGAACUCUAACAAUUGGAUUAAAAGUUAUCUCAUAAAUUACUGCUUAGAACAGAUCAGAGAUCGUCAGGUUGAUGGGUAUCCUGUUUGUGUGCUUGAUCUGGGCUGUGGUAAAGGUGGUGAUCUUCUUAAGUGGCAGAAGGGAAAAAUUCACCAUCUUAUUGGUGCAGACAUUGCUGAGAUUUCCAUAAAGCAGUGCAGGGACAGAUAUGAGAUGACCAUGAAGAAAAACCGCACAGGAGGAUUUACAUCAGAAUUCAUAGUUGCAGAUUGUACUAAGGAAAGAAUCAAAACGCUCUUUGAGAACCCAGACAGGCGAGUGGAUCUAGUAUCGUGUCAGUUUGCCUUCCACUACUGUUUUGAGUCUCUUAAUCAAGCAGAAACUAUGCUACGUAAUGUAUCUGAAAAUCUGAGGAAAGGCGGAUACUUUGUUGUCACACUUCCCAAUGCAUAUGAAAUAAUGUCCAGAAUGACAUGCAGUGAUGGAAAUAGUAUUGGAAAUGAAGUUUAUCGAAUAGUGUUCCCAGAAGAUAGAUCAGAAACUCCACCACUCUUUGGUGACUGCUAUAACUUUUUCUUAGAGGGAGCUGUGGACUGCCCAGAAUUUCUUGUACAUCCUCCUACUCUUGAAAAAUUGGCAAAAAAGUGGGGUCUUGAGCAGCUAUGGAGUCGGGAUUUUGCUACUGUAUUUAAUGAUGCUUUAAAGGAUCAAGAAUGUCAGCAUUUGCUUUCUGUUAUGAAAGCUCUUGAGACUUUUCCCAGUAGUGAACAAGCUACAGAAACAGAAGGAGAAUAUUAUCAUGCACAGAAAUUCAUAGAUGACAAAGAAGAUAUUGCCCACGUGAGGACACUAUCAAAAUCCGAGUGGGAGGCAUUGUGUCUGUAUUGUGCAUGUAUCUUCAAAAAGGUCACCUGAAAUGCAACAAAAAUGUACUAAGUUUCAUACAGCAAAUAUCUAUUAAGGUUAAGUGAUCUUGUUAAAGUAUGUACCUAAGUUUCAUGAAAUAAAAUACAAUACUAUAUUUUUAAAAUAUAUUAUUAUAUUUUCUGUAAAUUACAUAUCCUUAUGUGCAUUAUUUUGGUGAUGCAGUCUCUACUAACUACAUUAUAGACAUCAUCUCACUUGCUUCAGGAAGGAGAAUUGGCAUCCACUCUGUUAUUGAACAGAUAUAAGUAGAACCUACCUACCUUCUCUUCUUAUGUUCUCCCUGAGUACAGGAACUAAUUACAUAAAAACAAGAAAAAGAUUACUAACUCACAAGAAAAAAUAAUUCAGGUUUCUUUUUCUCAUGUGAUUCACAUGGCUUGAUCACCCUAAGCUGCUUGCUUUACUGAAAACACUAAUUUCCUAGCUGAUAAUGGUUGACUUCAUCAGCUGCGACUACCACCCUUUCAACUGAUUUUUAUUCUGCAACAGCUCUGCCUUUACUAUCUCCCUCCAUCUCUUCUUUACCCUCUUCCAUUUAGUGCUGUACAACCCUUAUGGGUUUAGCACCUUCCAUGAUUUUUUUCUUCCCCUUUUUUUUUUAAACACACUGGCCAUUUCUUACCAAGGGAAAAAAGAAGAAAUGAAAGUUAGUUUCUUUUUACAGUUAGUAAUUUAUACAGAAGAGGUUACUGUUAUCCAUGCUCUUGGCAUUUUAGUUGCCUCUUACGACACGCAUGGCUUAUGGAGGAAAGAUUCUUCUCCACUUCCCCAUGGAGUUUCUAUGGACAUAAAAAUAAUUUGCCUAUAUGAGGCAGAUUUUUUUUGUAGCUGCAAUAUUACUUCCCUUCAAGGGAAAUUCUUGAUGUUGAUGAAGGGCUCUUGAUCCAGAAAGUUAAAAUUGGGCUCUCCUGUGGAUCAGUCCUGAUUACCUACUUAUCUGUUGCUGUAUGAUCUCUUCAGUAAAAAGCUUCCCAUAAAUAUAAAAAACAUUUUAUUUACUGUGUGAUCUGAGAAAGAUCUCCCAUAAGCCCAGGUCCCAUUAUGUAAGGGCAUUCACAAGGAAUAAUGCAUGGUAGUUAAAAAUUUUAAUGCAGUAAAAUUUAAAAAUAUGUACUGGUAUGUAUGUGUGCAUAUGUCUGUAUGCAUUGCUGUAUAAUUAUGCAUGAACACAUUAAUACAUGUAAGAAUGAUAAUUUGAACAACGCAUAAUGUGCGAGUGUGGUGAAAGUGUUGAAUGAUGAUGAAAGUAUUUUCUUUUUGGGGAUUUUCUUGAUUUUUUGGGUCACCCUGCCUCGGUGGGAGACGGCCGACUUGUUGAAAAAAAAAAAAAUGCGUACAACACCAGAAUUCUGCCAGCCA